GCCCGGGGGCUCCGCAUGCUGCAGCUGCCCCCGGGCGCCCCCGCCGCCGCCCUCGCCGCGGAGCCGCGCGGAGCGGAGCGGGCGAGCUAACCCGAGCCAGCCGGCGGGCGUCCCGGAGGCGGCGGCGCAGGGAGGGGCCCGACGGCGCACGUGGCCCCGGCGGCCGCCAUGGCGGACAGCGGGACCGCGGGGGGCGCGGCGUUGGCGGCCCCGGCGCCUGGGCCGGGCAGUGGCGGCCCAGGACCACGCGUCUACUUUCAGAGUCCCCCCGGGGCCGCAGGAGAAGGCCCGGGCGGCGCGGACGAUGAGGGCCCAGUGAGGCGCCAAGGGAAGGUCACCGUCAAGUAUGACCGCAAGGAGCUACGGAAGCGCCUCAACCUAGAGGAGUGGAUCCUGGAGCAGCUCACGCGCCUUUACGACUGCCAGGAAGAGGAGAUCCCAGAACUGGAGAUUGACGUGGAUGAGCUCCUGGACAUGGAGAGUGAUGAUGCCCGGGCUGCCAGGGUCAAGGAGCUGCUGGUUGACUGUUACAAACCCACAGAGGCCUUCAUCUCUGGCCUGCUGGACAAGAUCCGGGGCAUGCAGAAGCUGAGCACACCCCAGAAGAAAUGAGGGUCCCUGACCCAGGCGAACGGUGGCUCCCACAGGACAAUCGCUGCCCCCAACCUCAUAGCAACAGCAAUACCAGGGGACCCUGUGGCCAGGCCUGGUGCCAUGAGCAGGGCUCCUCGUGCCCCUGGCCCAGGGGUCUUUUCCCCUGCCCCCCUCAGUUUUCCACUUGGGGUUUUUUAUUGUUAUUAAACUGAUGGGACUUUUUGUGUUUUUAUAUUGACUCUGCGGCGCGGGCCCUUUAAUAAAGCUAGGAUACGCCUUUGGUGCA